AUGUCACAAGCCGAACUGCUGCACUGGUGCUCGGCGCACCAUGCGGCGCCGGCGACGGACGAGGAGUCGGAGAUCGUGGCGCAGUUCCUCGCGGCGCCGUACCCGUACCAGGACGACGACGAUGAACAGGACCAGAAGCAUCUGGGGGACAUCAGAGCCAGCUCCACGUACUGGCCCGACCAAGUCACUGACCCCAGCGCCGGCGCCGGCUACUGGCCUUCCAGUGGGGAAAGCAGCAGCAUCAACAGAAACAGCGGCGGCGGGGGAGGAUACUUCGAUGUCGACGAUGGCUGCUACUACUACCUCGGCGAGCCCGACGUGUCGCUCGGGAUCAACACGUUGACGCUGCCAUGCACGUCCAUCGACCUCAACCUCCUCGGGGACGGGGAGGAGGAGAGGAGCGCGUGCGUCCAUCCGCUCCUUCCCAACCCUUCGCCCGCUGAUCACAUUCGCACUGGUCACCUCAGAGGCGGCAAUGAGGGCGCCACAGCUCGCGCCUCGGCGUCGCAGCCGCAGCCCAAGCGGAAGGUUCAGGCCGGCCGGGACGGUGGAGAUCUUGGACUGUACAAGAAGAAAGCUCGCGCUUCAAAUAAGGUACGCAAUUACGCAAACCUUUUUCUAGAAGUUGGUGAUCACGGAGAGUUGGAACUUGCAAGCUGCAAUCUUUAAUAUUGUUGUG